AUGCCCGCGACAAGCACCAUCCCGCUCGAUGACUUGCCGGGAGCACCGGAACAUGGCGAUGCCCUGUUCGCCUUUUCUGUGCACGGCUUGGGAGGUUCUAAGAUCGCAGCGAACAAAAGCCUCAAGGGCAUGAUGGCUUCCGAAGUCGCGCCGCCGCAGCAGCAGCAGCAAAAGGAGGCGCCCAAGAAAGGCUGGCUUUCGUCCCUCAACACCGCCGUGGUCGGUGAAAGACAAGAGGUUGUCACACUGAUGCUGACUCUCUCAGCGAGCGAGGAAACAUCAGCAACGCCGGCCGCCGGAGGGGGGGGGAUGCCAGGGAUGCCUGCCCCGCCCGCCCUGGCUCGCCGAUCGACAGGGGACCGGCCCCUCUCCGUCGUGCCGGCGAGAUCGGCGAUGCUGCUGGCCGGCGGCAGACCUAACACCCCCACCGUCUUUUACCAGUCGGAGCACAGGACCUUCGGGCAGCAACCCGUGUCGCCCGCCGCCGUUAGCCGAUCGGCAUCCCCGUCCGGGUUUCCGGACGGCGGAGGGGAGGGUGGGGUGGAGGGAGGAAAGCAGCGGCCGAUGACCAUGUCGGAGGAGGGGAUCGUGCAUUUUUCGAUCCCCGCGAGGGUUCCGGGGAACAGGGGUUCCGGGACGAACGGAGGCGGGGAUGGGGGGGGGGGUGAAGAAACGAUGGUUGUUUUUGUGGUGGAGCUGUGGCAGGUCGUCAACCGUUCUCGUCGGGCCCUGUGGGGAUCGCUAACUCUGUCCUGGGAUAACCUGAUGGCCGUGCCAACGGGCCCGCGAAAGUGCGGCGUGUUUAGCGGGCUUCAGUCAGAGCGGUACCCGACAGCCUUCCUUGCGGUGAGGCGGGUUUAUCCGCCGCUCCCCCGGCCCCUGUCCAUGUCCCCACGGGGGGUGUCCAACCCGGCCGUCGAGAAGUUCAACCCCAUGGUCACCUUCUUCACUGCCAUCAGGCGAGUGACUGAUGGCGCCGGUGCGGAAGAGGACGCUGAUUGGUUUGGGGGGGCAAGCGGGUUUGGAGCGGGGGGUAGCGGGAGCGGUGACAGCGGCGGCAGCGGCGGCGGCGACGGUGGUGUAGGCAGCUCGUUAACGGCGUCCGCGGAGGCGUGGGAGCUGGUGGUGUGCCAGGAGCUUGCCGUGGAGGGAAAGUAUACCUUCAAGAUCCCGCUGCAGUUCCUUUUCCCGGUGCACAACUCCCUCAAGCACGCGGCCCUGGCGUGGCGCGCAAGAGCAAGGAAGGAGCGACACCGGCAGGGUCUCUUCUCGGCAGACGAAGAGGCGUUCGCCCACGGCAUGGUCGUGGUCCACGUGAGCGUCUCCAGGGCCAGGGGGCUGGGUCCCAUUGCGGCUGCGGCCGCGGCUACCGCUGCCACCGCCGGGGCGCCGCAGAGUGCGCAGCUGCUGGGGGGUGGGGCUGAUGCUGGUGGUGGCGGGGCAACGUCUAACAACCCGGGGCAGGCGUCUCCCGUGGGGCAGGCGUCUUCUGGGACCGGAGGAGGGAGAGAGGGGUUACCGGCGGCUGGCGGGGGCAGGGGGGGUCUGGUGGGCCUGGGGAUCGAGGGGGCCAAGGUGUCUUCCUCGAUGAGGGCGUUCGGGGGGAGGAUGAAGGGGAUGGGGGUGAAGGCGGUGGCGAUGGCGAGGAUAGCGUCUCAGGCGAGCCCGGCGGCGCACCUGAGGCUCGGCGCUGUCUCCUCGGAGGAGAAGAUUCUUCGACAGGCCAACUUCUUCGUGAAGGUAGUCUACGGGCCCCCCCUGUCCGCGAACAGCACCUCAGACGACGACUCCCUCGGCGGUGGUGGUGGUAGCGGUAGCGGCGGUCUUGCCAGACCCGGCGAACCAGAGAGAGUGGUGGGCGUCACCAACACGGAGUACGGCAGCGUGGAGCCGGUGUGGGGGGCGAACGCUAACCUGAACGCCUGUCCGUACAACGCCCCGAGGGACAAGCAUCAGGUGUCCGGGGCUACGCGGCUAGAUGUCGUCAGCGACAUCACUGAUGACCUAGGCGGUACCGGAGGGAGUUCGACCACCGUGGGGACGCAGGGAGAGGCGUCGUCCGGUGGUUCCUCAAGCCCGUCCAGUCUGGCGUUCACGUUCUACGUCCCAGCCAAGCAUCUCGAGGCGGUCGACGGGGGCGGAGGUAGCCUACGCCUGCACCUGUGCCAGGCGCGGAAGUCGUCGUCGGCCCGACCGGGGUCACCAGGCCAGCGUCCCCUUGCCUUUAGCGACGCCUCUUCGACGCUAGGGGAUGGCCCAGCCGCCUACGGGAGCAUGCUCGGCGACCUUACCGGGGGCACGAAGACGGGCGGCGGGGGUACGGCGGCUGGUUCGGCGGUGGCGGCGGCGGCGAUGGCCAGGCGCAUCAGCCUAGGAUCUGGGGAGUGGACCAAGGUGGUGGAAGACAGCGACUCUGAUGAAGAAGUCGCGGACGAGGGGACGGCCGCCGCCGCCGCCGCCGCUGCCAGCACGACGUCCAUGCGACAACAUCUGCCGGGCCUCUCUGAGGUGCACUACCCACUGACCUGGGUAGAGAGCCACGCCAAGGGCAUCUCCGACCAGGUCGACCGGCUUGCCAGGGUCCUCGAGGUCUACACGCAGAGGGUCUCAGAAGGAGGCAACUUCCGCUCCAGUCUCCUUAAGAAGGAGCCUCUUUUGCAGUACGUCGCCACCAACCUCCACAUCCAGGUCUGGAGCAUUCGAGAUCCGGCCACCGGGAAGGAUCGCAGCUACGACUUUGUUACCACUGGCGCACCGACGGCCCACGCCCUGGGACACGUGGGCGGUGGGCUGGUGACCCUCCAGGAGAAGCUUCAGGCACUUGGUAUGAAGGUCCUGGAGCUCCAGGGUAGUCGGAAAGAGUGCAAGGACAGGGGUGGAGUGAAGGCUGUCACGGAGCUCGAAGGAAUCACCGACAAUCUCAGGACCGCCCUGCUCGAGUACGAGGUGCUGGGCGGGAAGGUGUCCAUAAGGAGGGCCUGCGUCGUGAGUCAGGCCAUCAGCAUUGCCGCCACCAGCUUCUGUGCAAAGCUGGAGAUGAUGGCGAGGGGCACGCUGGAUGUGGCGUCCGAUCGCACCACGGGGGGGUGCGGCGGCUACGACGAGUUGGCGGAGCGGUGGGUGUCCACAGGCUUCCUGCUGGGAUUCGAGGGCUUGCUGUAUAUUCACGGAAAGGAACACGGGAUGGUGGAAGACACCGUGUCUGCUCUGGACAUGCUGGCGGACUACAACCUCAAGGUGGUAUCCGCCACCCUCGUCGGCACCGACCCACCUCCUUUGGCCAUUGGAAAGCCCUCCCCCGUAGCCGACGACCCCUUCGAGUUGGAGAUAGGGGUGGAGGGAAACACCAUCCAGUGCAUCGUGGGAGACGCGUGCUUGCCCAGGCUUCCGAGAGCUCUGUGGGAUGGCAGCAGCGGUAGCAGCAGCACCGAUGGAGGGGGCGGCGGCGGCGGGAGAGCCGUGCGAAUUGUCCCGGUGCUGUUCACGCAGGGGAUAGACAUCCAGCAGAGCAUGACGCACGCGGCGAGGGACGCGAGAGAAAAGGCGGCGUUUCAGGGCCCCACGGUCACCGCCACGCCUGGGCCCGCCGGCUCUAGCGCGGCAGGAGGAGGCGUCGCUGCCUCUUCCCCCGGGAGCAUUUCGCCGCUGCUGUCCGGUGGCAUGCCGCCGCUCCCCCGCCCGCGCGGCAGCGGCGGGGGUUUGGACGACUUGUUGGGCUUGGGGGAGAUGGACGUCUCGGGCGGAGGCACGGCGGUGGGAGAGGGGGAGGGGGGCGGUGGCCCCGGGGCGUCGGUGGCUGGGGCGAUGGGGCAGCAACAGACCUCUGUUGGCGCCUCGGUCCCGGAGUGGAUGCACCCCGCUCUGUCGGAGCUGGAGACAGCCGUCCGGGACGAUAAGGUGGCCCACAAGAACACUGCCAUCCUGCUAGAGGCGCAGGUGGCGGUGCGGCGGCUGUGCGGCGGAAGGGUAACCUUCUGCAAGUCCGGCAAGGUGUGUACGUGCGUGGCAGCUAUGCGUGUAGCGUGCGGUGAUCCGUACUUUUUUUUGGUUGCGACGAAGGGCGCCAGCCUGCUUUUGUCUUGA